UCUCCUGAAGAGACUCGCUCAAGCAGCCAAGCCGCAGCAAACCUACGAAGAAUCAGAGACAUGGCUUCCCGAGUUGCAGCUCUGCUCUUGUUGGGCGUCCUCUGCUUUAGCUUUGCAUCAGGUGAGAUCGCAAUGGACUGCUGUCUGCAAGCUAUCGACAAACGUCUGCCCUCCAAAAACAUCGUGGACUACAUCAUUCAGGAAGCUGGGAAAGGCUGUCAAAUAAGCGCUACUGUGUUCAUUACCAACAGUGGCAGAACUCUGUGUGUCAUCCACCCCAGCCAGAAACCAUGGGUGAGAAAUCUCAUCAAUAUCGUGAACAAGAAAAAGCAACAGUAAAUGAGAUGAACAAACUCUGGGAAGGAUGGAUGGAGACAACCAGAUCUCAUAGUCUGUGAUGGCAAUGUUGCACUGUAGAAGAUUAAAACCUGUUAGAGCGAUUACGGAGAAAUCAUCAUUUCAUCUUAUUUAUAAUGUUGUCCUGUAUAAGCUGCCAUGCCUCGGCCAUUGGCUCAAUAUAUAGCUACAUGUGUUUCUUCUGUUUUUUUGUGGUGACUGCGGUGAAACUGUGGUGAAACUCGAACUCUGAGACGAGCAGCUGUGGACGUCUCUUUUUUCUUUCUUCCUUUUUGUUAUGAAUGAUCCAUAGAAAUAGAAAGAUUUGCCUGAACUUGCCCUGGAACUGACAGCAGUGUUACAAUCCUGUUUCUGUCAGAGUCUGUGAAUGACUCGCAUUUCUGUUUUUGCAAGAGCUUGUACAAAAUCUGAUGACACGGCUUGUAUAUAUCAAACGUAUUGUAGAGAGUUAUCCCAAAAUAAACUCGGAUAUUAUUUUGUAAAUUCUA